AUGGGUGAUGUGAAGCAAGCAAAAUCUUCAAGGUUGCGUUCAUUUUUCCGGCGAAAAAAAGAACCGAGUUCUCAAGAAAACAUUCACCAGUCAAAGAAUGCAAUACAAAACAAAGAAGAACCACCCAUCAAAGGCGCACAGACAACUGAACAGUCCGAUUUGACGGGUUCGUCUCAACCGCCCAGCCUAAGGCCGACGAGCAGCGUAGGAGAUGGGCCUGCCGAAUCUCCAGACAUAGCAAUUCUAGGGUUCGAUCUAUGGUCCCGAGCUUAUCAAGCACUGGAUGAAAAGUCCCGAAAAUGGAUUCUAGGUACUUCUGAACUCAAACCGGGAACUGGGAAACAGUGGACCGCAGAUCUUAUAACCCUUGUUCGAGAAAGAGAAAGAUCAUACAAGGACAGCACUCCGAAGCUCAAGAUAGGUGACCGUGAGAUUAUAUGGAGAGAUUAUGCCAACAAGACAGUAAUGUGGCUGGUGACAAUCGGGGACAUUGCCGUCAACUUUGCUCCCGCACCGUCUCCCAUUAUCUGGUCCGCUCUCAAAGUGUUCAUGAAGACACAUGUAGCUCAAUGCGAAGACCUCGUAGCCAUUUUCGGGUGUGCUGAAAGGGUUCUCAGCGUCAUGAGGCGAGGCACAGUGUAUGAGAUAGUUUAUCUCCAAGAUGCGCCCCCUAAUAACGCAACAGAGGACUUAAAAGAUGUUCUUUUCAAUUUAUACAAGGUAUUGUUUCAGCUGCUAACCCAUGCCCUUGAGCGAUUGAACGAGGGCCAAGGACGACAAUUCUUCCACGCCCUCAUCUCCCCCGGAAAGGGCGAAGAGUUGGUGUCAGCUUUAUCUGACCACGAAAACAAGUUAUCGAUGGUAGUCCAAGCCUGUGGUGCCAUCCAAUUGCAAGAGCAUCAGAAUCUUUUGCAAAGUCUCAGUGCACCGCUAAGACGCGUUGAUGAGAAUGUGAAAAACUUGAUCGAGCAUCUCCAAGAGAAAAACCUAGACGAGGCUUUAGACUACAUAAGUGCCAUCCCCAUCGGGAAGCACCAUUUUGAGAAGAGAGAGACUAGAGCGCCCGAGACAUGCGAGUGGCUGUUGAAACACCAGAGGUUUCUUGAAUGGGAAGAGUCGAGCUGUUCUUCGACUCUAUGGCUUCAAGGAAGUAUUGGCGCAGGGAAGUCUUAUCUUACUUCUAAAGUUAUUGACCGCUAUGUCUUUGACAAUGAAGCGCAAGGUAAAAACGACGAAGGCUUUGCCUAUUUUUACUGCAGCCGCUCAGAUACAGCUCGUCGAGAUUCAAAAUCCGUUUACCAAAGCUAUAUUCGCCAACUUGCUCAACUAAACCAUUACCCAACUGGGAUGCACAAGAGCAUCUCUGAUCUAUACCGCAAGGCCAAGAAAGAGCAGAGAGAACUUAGUAUAACCGAAUGCAAAGCAGCGCUGUCCGAACUUCUCAAGUCCUAUCCACGGACUACCUUGGUACUCGAUGCUCUUGACGAAUGCGAAGUAGGCGCUAGGAAAGAAAUUGUUCUUGUUCUGCACAGCCUUGCUACGGAUGCCGAGCGCCCAGUCAAGGUUUACAUCGCUAGUCGCAGAGAACCUGACAUUGAAAGAAGUCUGGGCUCUGAAAGUUUAAUCGAGAUUGGCACCUCCGAUAAUAAAGGUGAUAUCGAAAAGUACAUUGAACAAGAGAUGACACGAUUUGAUGAAGAAUGGGAAUCGGUUUCACAAGGCGUUAGAGAAGAGGUCAAGCGCACGAUUACCGACCAAAGCGAUGGGAUGUUUAGAUGGGCAUAUCUCCAGUGGGAGCAGCUCAAGAAAUUUAAAACCGACCAAAGUAUACUUGAGAGACUGGGGAAGCUUCCCAAAAGUCUCGAGCACGCCUAUGACGAGAUUUAUUCCCAAAAUGAAGGAUAUGAGUUGGCCAUUUUGCAGCGGGCAGUCAAAUGGGUCUUGUGCGCUGCAGAGCCACUUUCAAACGACGUGCUCCUAUGGGCCAUUCGACUGGAAACCCAGACAGACAGCAAGGUUGAAGCAGCCCUCACACUAUCAAGUCCUGUUACACAGUCUACAUUGGAGUCAAUCUGCUGCAACUUGGUUGUCAGAGAUUCCAAGCUGGAAGUGUGGAAGUUCCCCCAUGCAUCAGCCGCGGAAUAUUUUGAGGGCAGACACAAGGACUGGACGGGAAAGGCACACGAAGAUGUGGCAAUCUUGCUGAUUUCUUAUUUGAUCGACUGCUACUCGGAGUGGAGAAUACCACAUUGGAACGACUAUUUAGAUCUAUCGUUAAAUGUACUAGAUCAUGGCGACUAUCUCAACCUUGAACAUCCACUUCAAGAUUAUGCAAGGAGGUUUUGGGCGUGGCAUGCGCGCGGUGCUUCGGACUACCACCAAGUAUCACCGAUUUUGAAACGAUUUCUAGGAGCGGCGGGACCGCAGAAAUCUUCAAGCCGACAGUAUCAAGCAUGGUGCAAACACAUUAAUACAAGAACUGGACCUGAAAAUUUGGAUUUUCGUGAUCUGUUUCCAGCAGAAAUGUCUAUUUUUGGGAUUUGUGCCUUGGGCCUUCACACUUUGCUUGAAGGGUGGUGGGAUGAUAGCAUCGAUGUGUCACUAAUUAAUGAUGAGGAAAUGGACUUACUAUCAAUUGCUGCCAGAUAUGGUCACCGCAGUCUCUGCUCGGAUCUUGUCAACCACGGAAGUGUUAUCAACAGACCCUUGGAAAGCGGGCUUGACAGUGCGCUAGCCUGGGCCCUUGGACGUCAACAGGUUGAAACAGCGGCAUUCUUGCUAGAUAAAGGCUGCAACCCUGACAACUAUGCGAAUUAUCGAAGUUAUCUUUGUAUUGCUGCUCAUGAAGAGCAGCUGGUCGAAAUGCUUCUCAAAGCAGGAGCGGAUCCAAAUAUCCAGUGCCGGUGUUGCCUAUAUGGCUGCGCCUUAGAGGCAGCUGCCGGUAGGGGAAGGGUCGACUCAGUGAGGGCGCUCAUAAAACAUGGGGCAGAUGUUAAUUUCACACCGACAUGUUCAUGGGAAGGUUUCGGAAGUCCUCUAGCAGCAGCCGCGUGGGAAGGAUCGCUAGAUUGCGUCAAGCUUCUCCUAGAGCAUGGUGCCAGCGUGAAUGCACAGCUAAACCACGGAGAUUACGGCAGUGCCUUGGCAACGGCAGCGUACAAAGGAUGGCUGGAGUGCGUCAAGCUUCUCAUAGAGCACGGUGCUGAUACAAAUGCACAACUAAAGCAUGGAAAGUUCGGCAGUGCAUUGGGUGCUGCUCUUUUUGGGUGGGCAGAGGGCAUUGAGAUUGUCAAGUACUUGGUUGAAGAAGCAGGGGCAGACGGCAGCAUUCUAUCCUCAUGCCCAGGUUUACCGAGCAUACCCUCGGAGGUACGCACACUUGAAAGAGCGAGAUAUCUUGUGGAGGGAGGCUAUAUUCAGGCCAGUAUUUUGACUGACCUCGGUUUAGAAGUAUAA